ACCAUCUUUCUCUCUCUGCAGUCUGCACAACUUCGUAUAGACGACGACUAGUCCGAACUCCGAACCAAUGGAGGAUUAACUCAUUAUUCAGAUCGAGGAAGUUAUCGUUGAUUCUAGGAACUUGUUCGUUUAUGAUUGAUUAAUCAUAUGUAGCAGUAUUAAUUACCAAGAGGAAUCUAUGACGUGCUUUGCUAAUUAUGAAAGAAGAGAUGGGGUUGCCCAAGAAAAAUGCAAAUCAUUCUCAUCUGGAAAGGAAGAAGCCAAUUUGACCUGUGGUGGUGGUGGUGGUGGUUUCGAAUGCAACAUCUGUUUAGACAAUGUGCAAGAUCCGGUGGUAACACUCUGUGGUCAUCUCUAUUGCUGGCCUUGCAUUUACAAAUGGAUCAAUUUCCAAACCUCUGAUCAGAGGCCGGCGCAGUGCCCUGUAUGCAAAUCAAACAUUUCUGAGAGAAAGUUAAUCCCUCUUUAUAAUAGUACUCAAGAAGGACAAACUGAGAAACCAUGUAUGAGAAAUAUUCCUGAUAGACCUUCUUCAGGUCCAACUACUUCAAUGGUGCCUGUUUUGGAAAGAGAUGAACCUGUGUUUGGAAUGUAUGGGCAAAUGGUGUAUGCUAGAAUAUUUGGGAACUCUGAGGCUUUGAAUUCUUAUCAACUUGUUGAAAACAGUAAUCCAAGGUUGAGAAGACAUUUGGUGGAGAUUGACAGGUCUUUAAGCAGAGUUUGUUUCUUCCUCUCUUGUUGUGUUAUAUUUUGUUUGUUGUUGUUUUGAGAUAGUAAUAAUAUAGGAAGAAUCAUCAUAGGAAUGAUCAAAAGUCAAAACAAUACAUACAAUAGUUUAGAUUGUUGCUUGUUUGGUGUGAUAUGCUCACAGAGAGGCCUAUUGAGUUGUAAUUGAAAGAUGUUGAGUUUAUUCAAUACCAUGUUUCAUGUUAAGUUGUUUGCUGGAAGAAGAGAAAUUGGCUACUUUUAAUGAAAAUUAAGGAAGAAGAAAGGUGUAGUUGUAGAUGUUGUUGAAAUGUCAUUUCAAUCUUGUGUCAUUUUCUGUUGUUGGGAAGAAAAGUUGGCAACUUUGAAUAAGUUUUUGUAAAUGCAGAUGGCCACAAUUUCAGCUGUCA